CCGGGCCUGGUGCUGGAAGGGCGGAGAGGCGCCGCGGACGGUUGUUAUGGAAACCGGCCGCUACAAUCACUCCAAAGGAUUCUCGGUUUUACCCUGGAGGGUUGCUCCGGAUAUUGAUCCGGAUUUAAUUGGGUGUACUAAAAAGGCCUCAUCCCCUGGGGCACUCGCCGACCUUCUUGAGGUCUGCUGCAGGAAGACUGUGACGAAAAAAUAAACAAAGAAGACACCGAGAAUGACCGAGUAUGACUGGGAUAAGAAAAGUACUUCAGCUCCAAAUUCUGACACAGAAAUGAAACCUGCACAACUGCCUACUUGUGUGAACCCCGGCAAUCCCGUGUUCUCCUGCAUGUUGGAUCCAAAGACACUCCAUACAGCAACCUCACUAUCACAGCCUAAGAUGAUUAUGUAUAAAACUAGUUCAAGUGCUUAUGGCGAAUUUUCACCUAUACCACAGUUUUUCCCCUGCAAUUAUACUCCAAAAGGGCAAGAAUUUUCAAGCCGUAUCAGCGCUACUGGAUUUUAUCAAAAUAACACUCUAAACACUGCACUUGACAGAAGCAGAACCCUUGAUUUUCCUAAUUUUCAACACACUCUAUGA